AUGCCGUAUGGGCUAGCCAAUGCACCUGCGGUCUUCCAAUCCUUCAUUAACGAGAUUUUCAGAGACAUCUUGAACAAAUAUGUUGUGGCCUACAUAGACGACAUCUUGAUUUAUUCCAAGUCUGAGGAAGAACACAAGGGUCAUACACAAGACCCUGGAGUUCCAGCCUCUGUCCCCAGAACCACUGCAGAUGUGACAAGUCCUGCAGAGUCUUGCAGUAUUGUCUCUACUGCUCCUUCGGGGGCAUUAUUGCAAGCUUCAUCUGCAGUUCGACUUCAUCGUUUGUGGUCAGAGACCUUGCCACCAGAGGAUCACAAGUGGAUUGCCAGCAGGCUUUUUAAAAUGGGGCCCAAGGGAAAACCAAAGCUUCUUGACGUCCUACAGCUCUGGGAUUACCCACCACAGCCAGCACCCACAUACAAUCAGGCUCCAGCUCCAGACAGAUUUUUUUGUCAUGCGCUUUUGCUGUGGAUGCCAUACAAGCUGUGGAUGGUCAAGGUUCUCUGUCCCAAUCCCGCCUGCGGACUGCAUCAACUGACAGGAGGCGGUCUGCACAAAAGGGCACGGCAGGUUUUAGACAUCGAUAGGAUGUACAACAUGGUCACAGAAACCCUCAUCUGUAUCAAGUGUAAAGCCUCGCAUGUGUUCUGGAAUCAGACUGUCCUGCAACAGCUGGAUCUGGGCCAUCGGGUCAUCCUCACGCGGAAGUAAGUACACUUUCAUUCCACAUCCAGUUGAUAGCCCAAAUCAAAUUUCUUUUCCUAAGGUAUGCCUGUGAUAUGCGGGUCAUUCGGUUCCUGCGUAAGCGUGGACUAGGCAACAGUCCCACAUGGGUCAUCAAACAACUGCGUGAGAACCACAGUGAGGAGUGGCUGCAGCAUCAGGCCCGGUACACCACCCAAUGUGUGGACUUCCUCAAUCGACCCGGGGUGUUGCCAAUAAAAUUCCAGGAACCCCCAGAGCCUACAGUGGUGCCAAGCUGCAAGUGGCUGCUCACAGUAUACAGCCAAGACAUCCUGACAAGGCUGGAUGAAAUCCAUGCAAAGAUAACAUCUACGUAUGGAUCAGUCUUAAAGAUGGAUUCCACU